AUGUCAACACACGCCGAAGUAUACGACAUAAUCAUCAUCGGUGCUGGCCCCUGUGGUCUCGCCGUCGCAGCUCGCCUCCGAGAGGAAACGCCCUCUGCAAUGUUCACCGACGAAGAACACCAACGAUACCACUGGAUCAAGAAACACCAGGGUAAAAUGAGUCUUGCACGCGCCAGAACGAAGCGAUUAUACGGUACUCCGCUGGCUGCAUCGGCAUAUACCACGCCCAACAAUACCUGCUGUGGUGGUGAUGGUCGUGGCCAAUACUCAACCCUCGUGCUCGAUAGUUCCGGAACGCAAUGGAUGGCAAGGUGGAAUCGCGCGUUCGAGACAUUAAAAAUAGAUUAUUUGCGAUCCCCGAUGUUUUUCCAUGUUGAUCCUGCGGAUCGGGAUGGAUUGCUGGCUUAUACGCGGGAGACGGGACGCGAAAAGGAGUUAUAUGAGCUUUCGGGAUGUGUUGGGCAGGAGUUGAGUAAACAUAAGAGGAAAAAGAUACGGAAUUUAUCCCGAUUCCCGCGUGAAGCAGAGAUUAAUGAACGAGAUCGGAAGGAUUAUUUUACGCCCUCAACCAGUUUGUUUGCUGAUUAUUGCGACUCGAUUAUUCAGAGGUACGGGCUUAAUGAUGAGUCAGUUCAAAUACAGCAGUCGGAAGUCUGUGAUAUCAAAUUUGGUGAAGUUGAGGGUUCAAAGGAUGGCAGUAAACUGUUCACGAUCCUUACAUCUCACGGACAGUCGUUCCACAGUAGAGCGGUCGUACUAGCUGUGGGUCCUGGCUCGACCAAAUUGAUGCCCUGGAAGCUUUCCACAGAGGAAGAGCUCGGUGCAUGUCACAGCUCCGAAGUGGGAGUCAAGUUCCCUAGUCCAGCUCUCUCACGAAAGAUCAAGAAUCGUGAAACGACUCAUGUAGUUGUUGUAGGUGGUGGGUUGUCAUCUGCCCAGCUGGCUGAUCUAGCCAUAGGCAAGGGGGUCACUAGAGUCUGGCAUCUCAUUCGAGGUGAUAUGAAGAUUAAACAUUUUGACGUCGGUCUGAACUGGGUGGGCAAGUUUAAGAAUUAUGAUAAAGCUGUUUUUUGGUCCGCGGAUGACGAUCAAGAACGGUUUGAAAUGCUGCAAACUGCCCGUGAUGGAGGUAGUAUAACACCACAAUACCAGAAAAUUCUCAAACAACACGUUGCCAAAGGCUGGCUAUCAAUUCACACCCGAACGGUGAUUACUAGCAAGAAUUUCGACCCCAAGACACACACCUGGAAGAUAACCACAGAUCCUCCUAUUGAUAACUUCCCUGAGCACAUUGACUACAUCUGUUUCGCAACAGGCAUGAAGGUAAAUGUCAACGACAUGCCUCUCCUUCAAUCAAUGAAUCGCGACUACCCCAUCGAAACCAUAAACGGGUUACCAUGCUUGACAGAUGACCUUACAUGGAAGGCCGAUGUCCCGCUAUUUGUUACUGGACGUCUUGCAUCUUUGCGUCUGGGACCAGCAGCACCGAACCUGGAAGGUGCUCGGCUCGGAGCUGAGAGGAUUGCGUGGGGGUUGCAGGAUGUGUUGGGGGAACAGUCGGAUGUUGAUUUUUGUAGUCGGGCGGGGAAGAGGUUGCAGAAGGCGUUUUGUGGACUGGGGAACCGGUAUGAGAGUUUACUAGCUCAAUAUUGA